AUGGCGUUGUGUCGGAAAUAUUCAAAAUGUAUAGCGUUGCUAUCUACAAUAGGACUACUUUUCCUUACGUACGAAGUUUAUACAAGAUUAAAUGCCGCAGAUUCAAUUUGCUUUCCUAACGCAGCUGAUGGAUAUGCACGUUCAGAAUAUAAAGGCAGUGUCGUCGAAAACUAUACUCUGCCUCGACGGCUAUCAGCUAUCACAAAUGAUACGCACUGUCCGGACGGAUUUUGGAAAGAUGAUGAGCUAACGUGGGAAAAUUCAACGGCCAUUCCAACGCGAAUCGCAGAGUAUGAACAGUUUGUCAAAGCGAAGGAAUGGACUUCGGGGAAAUCAGAUGACAAACCCGUAUUCAUAACCGGUGCAUCUUCAAAUCAUUUUCAAGAGAUGAUUGAAAUGUUGCAAAAUUUUAAUGAUCUACGACAACGCUUGCAUAGAAACUGGAUGCUUUAUUUUUUUAAUUUAGGUUUAUCAGCCAAGGAAGUAGAAGAGACAAUCCAAGAAGUCACAGAUUCAAAAUUAACUCUCACUUGUCGCAUAAGGCAAUGAUCUAAACUACAUUGAACGCAAAGCACAACCGCUGCCACACACCAGUCAAAACAGCUUACCAUUAAAGGUGGGGAUACUGCGCGGGAACGGUCAGUGGAACAAUAAAUUACUAA